AACAUUUAUUCGGAAAUUUUUCAUACUCAACUCGACCACUCCAGUUACCACUACAUCUCCUCUCUACUCAACAUGAUUGCUUUCAAAGUUUUAUUUGCCGUGUCUUGCAUUGCCGGAGCCAUUGCGGCCCCAGUCGAACAACAACAAGCGGCUUCUGAGAGCAAUAAAGAUCUUGAAACGGCCGAGGGACAUCUUGGAGCGUACGGUGGUUUGCUGGGUUACGGAGCAGGAUAUGGUGGGCAUGGACAUGGAGCUGGAUAUGGUGGUCACGGAUAUGGAGGUUAUGGAUCAGGUUUUGCUCAUGGACAUAACUCGGGCUAUAACCACGGGCAUUCUGGUUACACCAGUAUCAACAAAGUUGUAAGCCAUCACAGCAAUUCUCAUGCUCACGGACACGCCCACAACAAUGCUCACGCUCACGGACACUCCCACGGACACUCCCACGGACACAACCACGGGUACGGCCACCACAAUCACGCCCACGCCCACGGGCACGGGCACGGUCACGGGCACGGAUACGGCCACAACGUUCACGCAUAUUGAUUAUGGAAAUCACACGCAAAAUUGAUAUUUUUCCCCUAAACGUCCAUAGUUCCUUAUACAUUGAGUCACAUGCAAUUAAAAAAAAAGUAUAACUAAUACAAUCUAUAAUUAGCUUGA